ACACUUCCCUCUCACACAUUUUCUAGUUUUUGCUUAACGGCCUACCCGAUCAACAAUCACUUCAACGACACGAGCCUUUAUACCAACAAACCAAGAUCUAGCACACGACUUACCAACCAUGGCAGGCGCAAUGGGCCCCGCAGUCGGCAUUGACUUGGGCACGACCUACUCGUGCGUGGGUAUCUUCAGAGAUGACCGGAUUGAGAUCAUUGCAAAUGACCAAGGCAACCGGACAACGCCCUCUUUCGUGGCCUUCACCGACACAGAGCGCCUCAUCGGCGAUUCAGCGAAGAACCAAAUCGCUAUGAACCCUGUGAACACCGUCUUCGAUGCGAAGCGUCUCAUCGGGCGGAAGUUUGCGGACGCAGAGGUACAGGCCGACAUGAAGCACUUCCCAUUCAAGGUCAUCGACCGGGCCGGGAAGCCUGUCAUCCAGGUCGAGUUCAAGGGCGAGACCAAGGAGUUCACACCCGAGGAGAUUUCCUCAAUGGUGUUGACGAAGAUGAGGGAGACUGCAGAAUCAUAUCUCGGUGGCACGGUCAACAACGCAGUCGUCACCGUACCAGCAUACUUCAACGACUCACAGCGGCAAGCGACGAAGGAUGCCGGUCUCAUUGCUGGCCUCAACGUUCUCCGUAUCAUCAACGAGCCCACAGCCGCCGCCAUCGCCUACGGUCUUGACAAGAAGACUCAGGGCGAGCGCAACGUCCUCAUCUUCGACUUGGGUGGUGGUACUUUCGAUGUGUCGCUGCUCACGAUUGAGGAGGGUAUCUUUGAAGUCAAGUCAACCGCCGGCGACACCCAUCUUGGUGGUGAGGACUUCGACAACCGUCUCGUGAACCACUUCGUCAACGAGUUCAAGAGGAAGCAUAAGAAAGACCUGACCUCCAACGCCCGUGCCCUUCGUCGUCUCCGGACAGCCUGCGAGCGUGCGAAGCGCACACUGUCAUCAUCUGCCCAGACCUCCAUUGAAAUCGACUCGCUGUACGAGGGCAUCGACUUCUACACCUCCAUCACCCGCGCCCGCUUCGAAGAGCUCUGCCAGGACCUCUUCCGCUCCACCAUGGAGCCGGUUGAGCGUGUCCUGCGCGAUGCCAAGAUCGACAAGUCUUCCGUGCACGAGAUCGUUCUCGUCGGCGGUUCCACCCGUAUUCCCAAGAUUCAGAAGAUGGUGUCCGACUUCUUCAACGGCAAGGAGCCGAACAAGUCCAUCAACCCGGACGAGGCUGUCGCCUACGGUGCUGCCGUGCAAGCCGCCAUCCUGUCCGGUGACACCUCCAGCAAAUCAACCAACGAGAUUCUUCUGCUCGACGUUGCGCCGCUGUCUCUCGGUAUCGAGACCGCUGGUGGUGUGAUGACGCCGUUGAUCAAGCGCAAUACUACGAUUCCCACCAAGAAGUCUGAAGUCUUCUCUACCUUCUCGGACAACCAGCCUGGUGUGCUCAUCCAGGUCUUCGAGGGUGAGCGUGCCCGUACCAAGGACAACAACCUGCUUGGCAAGUUCGAGCUUACCGGCAUCCCUCCGGCGCCGCGUGGUGUCCCGCAAAUCGAGGUUACCUUCGACCUUGACGCCAACGGCAUCAUGAACGUCUCCGCCCUGGAGAAGGGCACCGGCAAGACCAACAAGAUCGUCAUUACCAACGACAAGGGCCGUCUGUCGAAGGAGGAGAUCGAGCGCAUGCUUUCCGAGGCCGAGAAAUACAAGGCUGAGGAUGAGGCUGAAUCUGCCCGUAUCCAAGCGAAGAACGGCCUCGAGUCUUACGCUUACUCGCUGAAAAACACCAUGUCCGAUUCGAAGGUUGACGAGAAGCUCGACGCAUCCGACAAGGAGAAGCUGAAGGCUGAGAUCGACAAGACCGUGGCAUGGCUCGACGAGAACCAGCAAGCGACGAAGGACGAGUACGAAUCUCAGCAAAAGGAGCUUGAGUCUGUCGCAAACCCUAUCAUGAUGAAGUUCUACGGCGCUGGCGGCGAGGGUGGUGGCAUGCCCGGCGGUAUGCCAGGUGGCAUGGGUGGCGGCUUCCCUGGCGGCGCUGGCGGCGCACCCCACGGUGGCGAUGACGGCCCGACUGUUGAGGAGGUCGACUAAGCGCUUGCU